GUAGGUUCGAGGACGAAUCAAGUCAAGUAAAAGCAUACUUUUAACAUGGUGCAAAGAUUUAGAAGUGAAGUGAUGGUCAGUCGACUUCCCCACUUAAUCUGGUCACUCAUCUAAGCAAGACAGUUAUUUAGUCUUGAGUAACCAACCAGUUAACAUCAUCUGAGAAAACAAUGGGUAUGGGAAACGACAUGGAUUACAAGUGCGAUCUUAGUGAGGAUGUUCAAGCAAUUGCUCUAGCAGAAUUGAGGGAAGAUGAGAAUAUCCGGGAACAAGCUUUAGAGCAAUUUAGAUCUUGGAUAUUGAAACACCCAUCGAUUAAACGAUGUAGAACAGAUCCAGUAUUUCUCUUGCGUUUUCUGAGGACUAAGAAAUUUAGUGUUCCAUUGGCACAGGAAAUGCUUGAACGUUAUCUCACGAUUAGACAAUUGUACCCUGAUUGGUUCCAGAACUUAGACAUCAACGAUCCGGAUAUUGAAGCUAUCAUUGAUAGUGGAUACUUGGUUCCAUUGUUGGAAAAAGAUGAUCAUGGAAGACAAGUUAUUUUAUCUUGUGCUGGUCGCUUUGAUCCAUACAAAUACACUUCAGCUCAAAUGGCUCGAGCCCAUAGUAUCGUUGUUGAAGCACUUCUGGAUGACGAAGAGAAUCAAGUACGAGGGUAUACUCAUGUAAAUGAUGAGUCUGGGUUAACCAUGAGCCAUGUGAGUGCUUGGUCACUCACUGACAUUCGAAACAUGCUCAGAUGCAUUCAAAACAGUACUCCAAUGCGACAUAAGGAGACACAUUUCAUAAAUAUUCCAAAUUGUGCUACUAAAGUCAUUGACUUUGCUUUGUCUUUGCUUAAUGAUAAACUCAGAGCUAGAAUCAUGGUUCAUAAGAGUGUGAAUGAUUUGAAAGAGGCAAUCAACCCGAAAAUUCUACCGAAAGAGUAUGGAGGAAUUACACCACUUGCUGAUAUGAUAGCUGCAUUUAAAGAAAAAUUGAAAGCAAAACGUAAUGAUUUAAUGGCAUUAGAUGAUAUGUAUAUAGAAAUAUCUCCAAAAGACACGUGUUCCUCAUCAUCAGAAGGUCUUAGUGGAAUUGCUGGAUCUUUUCGGAAAUUAGAAGUAGAUUAAAAAAAAAAAUUUAGCACCCAACUAAUCAAAUAAUUAUUAUAAAUUGAUUAGUUUUUAUUUUAAUUAUUUUUUAUUGUUAUGUUUGUUAUGUUAAUUGAUGAUAUUUUAUCAAGUUAUUAUUCUUCAUGAGUUUAUAAAAUGAAGUUAGUUUAUACUGCAAAGGUACAAACUAUGAUGUUGGUGGUAUAAGUUACCGAGAAACAAAAAAAAAAAUGAAAAUCACUCUGUUGGUUUUACAUGAUUUAAAUUCAUUUACAGAUAAAUAUUAAAUAUAUUCAUCAGAAUCAGAUAUUUUUACAGACUACUAGCAAUUAAUAUUAUUGUAGAACAGAUUAUCUAAAUAUCGUUUAUACUAGUAUUAUAAUAUUCAAACUCAAAAGAUAUUAUUUAUAAUAUGGAAAACCUAAAACAUUUAAGUCUAUUAUUACAAUAAUCAGCAGCAAUAAUAAUUUCGAAAUUGAGAAUGACAUGAGCAUUAUAAUAAAUGAAGAGUUUUUUUAGAAAUAAAAAUUGAAUACAUCAAAUAAAUCAAUGCCAAGCAUUUAUUUAUUUUUCAAACAAGACAAUAGAUUUGUCAAUUUCAUAAUCUCUGCUGUAAAUAAAUGUUAAAAACAACCAAACUGAAUAGUAAUGGGCCUAUUUUAAAUAUCUAUUAAUAUUUUUUUAACUAUUUGUAUCCUAGAUUACAUCAUAUUAGUUUAAGAAAAUUGAAAAUAAGUCUUAUAUUUUAAAUAAAGGCAAUUAAUUUUGUAUAUAAAUCCAGAGUAUUAAUCAUUUUAAUUACUCAGAA